CAGUCUGUACCGGUUCGUGAAUCGGUUCUCAUCUGCGCUUUUGUGUUAACGUAUUUUUCGCUCCAUCGAAUGAAAGUAGAGAAGAUUACGAACGCGCUCUAAUUUGAAGGCAGAAAGUUUAAUUUUCCAAGCUGCUGGUGUAUUUUAUUUUGUGAAUUGUGGUGCAGUUUACCAAAUACUUGUUCUGGAACGCCGGAUGGUUGAAAUAUCUGGACAAAAACGGAAGUAAAUAAGUGUGAAUGAAUUCGACUCCCACCGGUGUCCAAACAAUGGAUGCUUCUGCCAUUGAAAUGGAUCCUCUGGACGAAAUUGAGCAAAAUGUGAUUCAGCAAGCACACGAAAUAACAACGAUUUCCGUCCGGAGGAUUCGGGAGCUGUGGACGGAAAUAUUCGACGAGCACAUCUGCCAGGACCACAUGAGCCGUUUGCCGGAACACAUUCAGACCUUUUUCGACGAAGUGUACGAGGAAAGCGAGGGUCGAAAAAGGAAAAUCGUCGAUGCAAUUGAAGCUUUGCGGCGCGAAGCUUGCGACCUGAAAAGGCUCCUGCAGGAAGAUCCGGGCGACUUGGAACCGGUGCCGGGAACGCCGCUGCACAUGAUCCAGAUCGGGUUGGACCGGAGCUUGGAGUUUAUGCGGGAGAAGCUGAAGGUACGGCACGACCAGAUCGACGAGUACCUGUUCGAGCAGGAGACACUUUGUGAAGAGCUGGGAGAGAUCCCGAGACAGCUGAAGAAGGAUCCCCUACCGUCGGAAGCAGAUAUCUGUGAAUUCCGAUCGUACCUGGAUAACCUCCGAGCGGAGAAACUGCAGCGAUUCGAUGACAUUGCGGCAAUGCGCCGUGAGAUCAAACUGAUGAUGAGCCAACUGGAGAUUGUUCCGCAAUCGGAUCGCCAAGAGGAGUUGAUAAACGCUCGGAAUUUCCCUCCAACCCGGUACAACCUUACAGAUCUGCGUCAUUUGCAUGAAAUGAUCAGAUCACAAUCGGAAGACUUGAAAGAGAAUAUAGACCGGAUUCGCGACAAGUUGCAAAAUCUAUGGACAUAUCUCGCUAUAAGUCCAUCGGUCGUGAAGCGAUUCCAAAAGUACAACGACUACUCGCAGACCACUUACGAUAAGCUAUUCGCCGAGCUGGACCGGUGCGAAACCCUUCGGCGUGAGAAUAUCCAAGCCUUUGUGGAUCGUACGCGGGUUGAAAUCGUGCAAUGGUGGGAUAAAUGCCUUAAAUCUGAUGAAGAGCGCUCGAGAUUCUCUACUUUCAAAAGCGAUGUCUAUAACGAAGAUUUGCUAACGCUACAUGAAAUGGAACUGAACGAUUUGAAGGAAUUCUAUCGGAACAACGAAAUCAUUUUCCAACUUGUGGAACAACGUAAGGAAAUGUGGGAAAAGAUGAUGUCGCUUGAGCAGAAGUCUAACGAUCCCUCCAGAUACAAUAACCGCGGCGGCAAACUGUUAGAGGAAGAAAAAGAGCGCAAACGGAUCAACGUUCAACUGCCGAAAAUCGAAAAUAAACUCCUGGAAGCCUGCAAACGAUAUGAGAACGAAAACAAACGUAAAUUCACCGUUUUUGGCGAAUGCAUCGAAGAAGUGAUCCGCGAACAGUGGAAGAAACGCGAAGAAGGCAAACUGCAUUCCAGUGCUCGAAAAAAGGCCAACAUGGCAACUCCAACAGCCGUCAAUCGGACAGCGCUGACACGAACUCCCAAAACGGCGGAAGCCUUGGUCAGACACACCAGCAUCAGCAGCCGAACGCGGAAUGCGGCCGGUCCAAACGCUGAUGCGUCCGUGAAAAAUUCCGCCAGCAAGUUGCUGUCCGCUUCGAAACUAUCCGCAAUUGGAAUCAAGAGGAAACUUCCAUCGCCUAAAACCGGGGCCGUCAAGCGGUCGCUGCUGAAGGAUUUAAACAGCCCUAGGACGUUCCUCAAGCCCGGGUUGCCGGUGUCGGCCGGUAAAAACCGAUUGAUGGUGCCGAAAUCGCCCGGAAAAAUCCCAAGCAUCAAAGUGUACGACACCAAAAGUGGGCCCAUAGCAGCACAGAAAAGGCGAUCCCGACGAAAAUCUCGGAACAGAUCACGUCGUAGUGUUAACAAAGCCCGUCCAGACAUCGUAAUCACAUCAAGUACAAAUACCACACUUCAAUCGGAAUCCGUAUCGUACGAGCAUUUUGAGAACUUUUUCGAGACCAACACUCCAAAUCGAUCAUCGCUCAUGCCCGGUCGGGGGGAAACGGUGACGGCAGAAACCCGUGCCAACACGCGUCGUCAGUAUCGCAAUCACGGAAUUUCACAGCUCAACGCCACUGGAAAUCCGCUCAGCACACCGUCCAAGAUAACGUUCCGGAAUCCGACGGCUUCGUCCACGAUGCUGGCCACUACGUUACGAUCCCCGGCAGCAAGCAAUACUACCGCCAGCGGCAAAAAGAUGAUGUCUACUGCUAAGAAUUGUCCGAUCAUUUUCUAAGCUCGAUAAGAUGAUUGCAAAUCAUCCGAUCGAUCUGUGGCACCCUCAUCCGUUCAACGAGCGUUUCGAAGGGUUGGCAAUAUGUUACAUGUUACGUUGUUCUAAAGAUUUUUGCCCAUCUCACUCGGAACCAUAAGUAGGUAGUAGCCGGUAAGGUAUUUAACACAGUCCUUUCUUUCGUACCAUUUUCGAUUUACGUCCUUAUUUUUGUAUCAUAAACAUAUUUUUAGCUAUUUGAUUACAAGAGAAAAACAAUUAUUUUUAGUUAAUUUUUAACACGCUUGUGAUUUGAAUAAUUUUACGGCAAACAAGAAUCGAUUUAUCGAAUAGUACACACGUGCAGGCAUUACGCUCUCUGAAAUUUAAAAAGAAAUUUGCUUGGAAGGUUUAGAAUAAAGCGGAACGGAUCGUAGAUCCAGUUCUCUGUACAAAGUUCAAAAAACAAUAUAAGACCCGUUUUCUGAUUAUUAAUAAAUUUAUAUUUUAAUACAACGACA